AUGGCCGACGUGGAGAUGAAAGAUUCAGGCGCAGCCUCAUCAAAAGGCAAAGCUGUCGCAAAGUCUGACGGUGCUGAUGCUAAGAAGAAGUUCGAAGUGAAGAAGUGGAACGCCGUUGCCCUUUGGGCCUGGGAUAUUGUCGUGGACAACUGCGCUAUCUGUCGAAACCACAUUAUGGACUUGUGUAUCGAGUGUCAAGCAAACCAAGGAUCUUCAACAACAGAGGAGUGUACUGUUGCCUGGGGUAUUUGCAACCAUGCCUUCCACUUCCACUGCAUCUCCAGAUGGUUGAAGACCCGUCAGGUGUGUCCACUGGAUAACCGUGACUGGGAGUUCCAGAAGUACGGCCGGUAG